AAUCAGCAGAGCUGAGAGACACGUCCCUCAUUCCAACAGUAGCUGUUCAUCUUUCGAAACAAAUAUUCUAUUGCUUUACACAGCGCAUUUGUAAAGACCUAACAAUUAAAAAUGUCACUCAAGUGGAAGAAAGCCGAUGGCUAAUCACUUAUAUGUGAAAACGUUAGAUACACCUUGUAUUAGAUGCUGCUUUUGGGGAAAACCACGCUAUUUUGAAAACAUAUAAAUAAAUGUGUACGUUAUACUGUAACUUGGGUAUCAGUCUUCUACUAAACUAUGAUCCUGAGGAAUGGCAUUCUUUUCUGCUCCUUCUCCACUUCUCACAAAAACAACCUACAGUUUAUUGGUUGUAAGGAAAGCAAUGUUGACUCGUGGAUCUAACGAUUGACCAACAUUCUCACAUGGAAUAAUUCAAAGAAGUGUGUUAAUAACCACCGAAAUCAAGAGGAAUGCAUCCACCGCUUGUUCAAAUCCUGACAGCCUUGUUUGCAUGCUUCUUAGAGUCAAACAACAUCAGGAUGGCAGUUGCCAAGGAGCAUGAUUCAAGAUCGUCAGCCAAAAGCUUCUCAUUGACUAUGUCUCCCUCCGAUUUUCUGGAUAAAUUAAUGGGCAGAACAUCUGGGUAUGAUGCAAGAAUACGUCCUAAUUUUAAAGUUUUGGAUCUGUCACAGAGACCACAAUGGUCCCCCUGUAAAUGUUACCUGCAACAUAUUUAUCAACAGCUUUGGUUCAAUAGCAGAGACUACAAUGGACUACCGACUGAAUAUAUUCUUGAGACAGCAAUGGAAUGACCCCCGACUGGCCUACAGUGAAUACCCGGACGAUUCCUUGGAUUUGGACCCCUCUAUGCUGGAUUCUAUUUGGAAGCCUGACUUGUUCUUUGCCAACGAGAAAGGUGCAAACUUUCAUGACGUCACAACAGACAACAAGCUACUGAGGAUUUUUAAAGAUGGAAAUGUUUUGUACAGCAUAAGACUGACACUCAUCUUGUCCUGUCCAAUGGACUUGAAAAACUUCCCAAUGGACGUACAGACCUGUGCAAUGCAACUGGAGAGCUUUGGUUAUACAAUGAAUGAUUUGAUCUUUGAAUGGCUGGAUGAAAGUCCUGUGCAAGUAGCUGAUGGUUUAACCCUGCCACAGUUUAUCCUGAAAGAUGAGAAGGAGCUUGGUUACUGCACAAAGCACUAUAACACAGGAAAGUUCACUUGCAUUGAAGUUAAGUUUCACCUUGAGCGGCAGAUGGGAUAUUAUUUAAUCCAGAUGUACAUUCCAAGCUUGCUGAUUGUCAUUUUGUCUUGGGUAUCCUUUUGGAUUAACAUGGAUGCCGCCCCCGCCAGAGUUGCCCUGGGCAUCACAACAGUGCUAACCAUGACUACUCAAAGUUCAGGCUCCAGAGCUUCUCUUCCAAAGGUUUCCUAUGUGAAGGCAAUUGAUAUUUGGAUGGCAGUGUGUCUUCUGUUUGUGUUUGCUGCAUUGCUGGAAUACGCAGGGGUCAACUUUGUCUCUAGGCAGCACAAAGAGUUUCUCCGUCUAAGAAAAAGGCAGAGAAGACAGAACAAGGCAUUGGGUAUUGGGAAUGAAAGCAUUGAAUCAGUACGCUGCAUGAACGGAUUGCAGAGCAAAGCAUCAUCGACCUAUGGGACUUUGAAUCAAACCAACAGAACAAGCUCCAGGGAUGAAGAUGCCAUCCGGGAGAGUCGUUUUAACUUCAGUGGGUAUGGAAUGGGCCACUGCCUGCAAGUCAAGGAUGGCACUGCGUUAAAAGCAGCACCUCCAAACCCCCCACCCCCACCCCCUGAUGACUCGGAUACAAUUAAAAGGAAGUUUGUCGACAGAGCCAAGAGGAUCGACACAGUAUCCAGGGCUGCCUUUCCUCUAGCCUUCUUAAUUUUUAACAUCUUUUACUGGAUUACCUACAAAAUAAUCCGGAAGGAGGAUAUCCACAGGGAGUAGGCCGGCCGGCCUACCUGCCUGCCUCCCUGGACUUGUGGAUGUCUUGUAUUGCCAAAAAAAAAAAACGUUUCAUAUGACUAACUGAUAUCUGUUAUGUCUUACUGUUUCUUGAGUGACAGCGCCUUCAGUAAGACAGAUUCCACUUGGAUUGGAAGUAACAGUAAAACAUAAAGUGGGAGAGUUCAGUAACCCCCACCAGUUAUUUUCCAGUGGGUUUGUAGAACUAACAAGAAAAAAAAAAAAUACAUUUCUUACAAACUACUAACAUUUACUCCAACAAAGGUAAAAGACUGAUAUUGUUGAGUCCAUUUUUUAGAAUAAAGUAAACAAAAAAAGUAAAAGUUUAAAAAAAAAAUCUAUUUUUGUUGUUGUUUUGAAUGCGGCAGAAGAGUUGUGGUGACACAACAUAGUAAAACGUUUUUAGUGAUUACAGUACAGUAUAGUACAGUUGAGAAUGGACCAAAUUUUACAAGUUAAUACAGCCUUUGCUAAAUUUGUAUUCCGAAUUCACUGAGCAUUCCAUUGCCAGAAGUAGUUAUAUGGGGUGGCAGAGGGGGUCUUUUUGUGUGCAGAAAUUCUUUCUUAUGAUAACAAGAAACAAAAAAUAAAUGUAUACUAUUUUGGUGGAUUUUUUUUUUUAUUUGGUGAAAUUGUGAUGGAGGUUUUGUUGAGAAAUCUAAAACACCAAUGCACUUGCUUUUUUCUAAUUUAUUUUGCUUUGUUCUAACAGUACUUGUAUAUGUAUCUCCAGGUGCCAAAUAGUACAUUACCUGUUGUGCUUUCCUGCACCAUAGUAUUUACUAAAAAAAAAAAAAAAAAAAAUGUUUUUUUUAAUGGUUUAAAUAGUUUAAGACGAACAUUAAAAACAAAACAUUAAUGGUGUAUAUCUUUUUCAUUGGUGUAGUUGCAAUUGGUUUUGUAGGUUGGUCUGGUGUCCAAAAUGUUUACAAACCUAUGGUUUUAUAUCUUCUUCAGUGGAUAUCAUUUUAAAGAGAUCCUCUAUCAAUCUGAGAUUUGAAAACUGUUUUGUGAUUCCAUAUCUCAUUAUUCCCAUUCAGUGCCAGCAAUAUGUGUUACAAUGAUUGUACUGCAUACAGUAUUUUUAUGGAGGAUGUUCUUUACACAGUAUUAAAAGACACAGAUUGUGCAUUGAAGCAACUCACAGUGUUAUAAUAAUUAUAUCUCUAAAGUAUUUAUUUUGAACAAUUGAACAAUUCAUCUUUGUUAUAGUUCAAUAAAGCUAUGUGCGCUACCCAGUAAUUUCAUGUUUCAGUUUUCUUUUUCAUUUACUGGAAGGAGGAGGUCAUAUUUACUAAGCAAUGACUGACUACAUUGUAAUAAACAUAAAUCUUUUAGUA